AUGCCCAGCCGAGUCUCAAGUCCAAGCGGUUAGUGCACGGAUAUACUUCUCAUUUACUUCCACCCGUAGCACGGUGACGGGUUUUUAAGCAGUCUGACACAGGAGAGAGAGAGUGCGGCUGGAGACAGUUUGAGGGAGGGGGGCCAGCUGCAGUCGAUGCUGGUGGUGACGCAGGAAAAACACCCAACAGCAGACAAUAAACCAAUGAUCUGAUCGCAACUCAGUCGUGUUAUUUAUAAUCGAGACAGCCAGGCACAUGUGCACGGCUUUGUGAUUAUUAAACAGCACUUACAUGAUCCGAUCUGGGGUCGUAUGGAGGAAAGGUCCAGUUUGAUUCUCGGUUAUGCAAUGGUCUCUGCAACAUAUCCAGUCCCGCAGGUGGUGCUUUCACUUUCAGAAGUGUGCCGGUUCUCCGUCGCUCCUGAGGAGACACUAAUUUUUUCUGGUGUGCCAGCUACAUAAGCAGACAAGAUUGCAAAGAUCUGCCCCGUGUCGAGUAUGACGGCCACGACCCGUGGCUCCCCCGUGGGAGGGAAUGAUGGUCAGGGCCAGGCUCCGGAUGGCCAGCCCCAGCCACCCUUGCCCCAGAACCAGACGUCCUCUCCCAACUCAUCCAAUGAGAACUCUCCAGUGAGCCCACCAGAUGACCAGGGUCAGGGGGACUGUCCCACUCCCCUGGAGGAGGAGGAGCCAGCUUUCCCCCACACUGAACUGGCCAAGCUGGAUGACAUGAUCAACAGACCUCGUUGGGUUGUUCCAGUCUUGCCAAAGGGUGAAUUAGAAGUUCUUCUUGAAGCUGCUAUAGAUCUUUGUAAAAAAGGACUUGAUGUCAAGUGUGAAGCAUGCCAGAGGUUUUUCAGAGAUGGCUUGACAAUAUCUUUUACGAAAAUACUGACAGAUGAGGCUGUUAGCGGAUGGAAAUUUGAGAUACAUCGAUGCAUCAUAAAUAACGCCCACCGACUGGUGGAGCUGUGUGUGACCAAGCUCUCUCAGGACUGGUUCCCUCUGCUAGAACUCUUGGCAAUGGCCACCAACCCCCACUGUAAGUUCCACAUCUACAAUGGUACUCGGCCCUCAGAGACGGUGCCUGCUGGGGUUCAGCUGGCUGAGGAUGAGCUGUUUGCCCGUCCACCUGACCCUCGCUCUCCCAAGGGCUGGUUGGUGGAUUUAAUAAACAAAUUUGGCACGUUAAACGGGUUUCAAAUUCUGCAUGAUCGAUUCGUGAGUGGCCAAGCUCUGAAUGUUCAGAUCAUUGCUGCACUCAUUAAGCCUUUUGGACAGUGCUAUGAGUUUCUCACUUUGCACACAGUGAAGAAGUACUUCCUUCCCAUCAUAGAAAUGGUUCCCCAGUUUCUAGAAAACCUCACGGAUGAGGAAUUGAAAAAGGAAGCAAAGAAUGAAGCCAAAAACGAUGCCCUGUCUAUGAUAAUCAAAUCUUUGAAGAAUCUGGCCUCUCGAGUACCAGGCCAAGAGGAAACAGUGAAGAAUUUAGAGAUAUUUAGGUUAAAAAUGAUUCUUAGGUUAUUGCAGAUUUCUUCUUUUAAUGGCAAAAUGAAUGCACUAAAUGAAGUAAACAAGGUGAUUUCAAGUGUUUCCUACUACACGCAUCGUCAUGGCAAUCCUGAAGAGGAGGAGUGGCUUACGGCAGAACGCAUGGCAGAAUGGAUUCAGCAGAACAAUAUUUUGUCUAUUGUGCUGCGAGACAGCCUUCAUCAGCCACAGUAUGUGGAGAAACUGGAGAAGAUCCUACGAUUUGUCAUCAAAGAAAAAGCCCUAACACUUCAGGACCUAGACAACAUCUGGGCCGCUCAGGCUGGGAAACAUGAGGCUAUUGUCAAGAAUGUUCAUGAUCUCCUUGCAAAGCUGGCAUGGGAUUUCUCACCUGAACAACUGGACCAUCUCUUCGACUGCUUCAAGGAGAGCUGGACGAAUGCAAGUAAAAAGCAGAGAGAAAAGUUACUGGAAUUGAUUCGUCGACUGGCAGAGGAUGAUAAGGAUGGUGUGAUGGCUCACAAAGUGCUCAAUCUGCUGUGGAAUUUGGCCCAUAGUGAUGAUGUUCCUGUGGAUAUCAUGGACCAGGCCCUUAGCGCUCAUAUCAAGAUUUUGGACUAUAGCUGCUCUCAGGACAGGGAUACGCAGAAGAUGCAGUGGAUCGACCGAUUCAUAGAAGAAUUGAGAACUAAUGACAAAUGGGUGAUUCCUGCCUUGAAGCAAAUUCGGGAGAUCUGUAGCCUCUUUGGUGAAGCCCCCCAGAAUUUAAGAAAGAAAAUACCUUUUAACGUACUAAAGAGCUUAGAGGGUCAAACGCAACGAAGCCCACAUGUCUUCUAUCGGCAUGACCUAAUCAACCAGCUUCAGCACAACCACGCACUGGUCACUCUCGUAGCAGAGAAUCUGUCCGCAUACAUGGAGAAUAUGAGGCAGUUCUCGAAAGCAGAGCACACAGACUUUGAUCCUCGAACGGUUCGGUCAGGAAGUCGGUAUAGUCAUGUGCAGGAGGUCCAGGAGCGGCUUAAUUUCUUGAGAUUCUUACUGAAAGAUGGGCAGCUCUGGCUGUGCGCGCCUCAGGCCAAGCAGAUCUGGAAGUGCCUAGCGGAGAAUGCAGUGUUCUUGUGUGAUCGUGAGGCCUGCUUCAAAUGGUACUCCAAACUCAUGGGGGACGAGCCUGACCUCGACCCUGACAUCAACAAGGACUUCUUUGAGAACAACGUGCUGCAGCUCGACCCCUCGCUGCUGACAGAGAAUGGGAUGAAGUGCUUUGAACGAUUCUUCAAGGCAGUCAACUGCAGGGAGGGCAAACUGGUGGCAAAACGGCGGGCGUACAUGAUGGAUGACUUGGAGCUGAUAGGGCUGGAUUACCUGUGGAGGGUUGUGAUUCAAGGAAGUGAUGAUAUUGCUAGCCGAGCAAUUGACUUGCUUAAAGAGAUUUAUACCAACCUCGGACCAAAAUUACAAGCCAAUCAGGUAGAGAUCCAUGAGGAUUUUAUUCAGUCUUGCUUUGACCGGCUCAAAGCCUCCUAUGACACACUUUGUGUGCUGGAUGGAGAUAAAGACAGCAUUAACUGUGCAAGGCAGGAGGCCAUCCGCAUGGUGAGAGUACUGACUGUGCUCAGGGAGUAUAUAACAGAGUGUGACAGUGACUACCAUGAAGAGAGGACCAUCCUGCCCAUGUCCAGGGCGUUCAGAGGAAAGCAUAUUACGCUAGUUGUGCGUUUCCCAAACCAAGGCCGACAAGUUGAUGACCUGGAUAUUUGGUCUCACACCAAUGACACGAUCGGUUCUGUGCGGCGUUGCAUUCUGAACCGAAUAAAAGCCAACAGCACGCACACCAAGAUUGAGCUCUUCAUCGGGGGCGAGAUCAUAGAUCCAGCAGAUGAUAGGAAGCUAAUUGGGCAGCUAAACCUCAAAGAUAAAACUCUCAUCACAGCUAAGCUAACCCAGAUCAGCGCCAAUAUGCCUUCCAGUCCAGACAGCUCCUCAGACUCAUCCACCGGCUCCCCGGGGAACCAUGGAAACCAUUACAGUGAUGGGCCAAACCCUGAAGUGGAGAGCUGUCUUCCUGGCGUGAUAAUGUCGCUGCACCUGCGCUACAUCUCUUUCCUCUGGCAAGUAGCGGAUCUGGGCUGUAAUCUCAACAUGCCUCUCCUGCGGGAUGGAGCUCGUGUUCUAAUGAAGCUCAUGCCUCCAGAUAGUGCCACGGUGGAAAACCUGCGAGCCAUCUGUCUGGAUCACGCCAAACUUGGAGAAAACAGCCUUAGCCCCACGUUGGACUCACGAUUCUUUGGACCGUCACCUUCUCAAGUGCUUUACUUGAUAGAGGUGGUGUACGCCUUGCUAAUGCCCGCCAGUGGAACGCUGGGCGAGGAUGCUAGUGAUUUCCAGUUCAACUUCUUGAAGAGUGGUGGUUUGCCGCUGGUUUUGAGUAUGCUCACUAGAAAUAACUUCCUGCCAAAUGCUGACAUGGAGACCCGGCGGGGAGCUUAUCUCAAUGCUCUAAAAAUAGCCAAACUUCUGCUCACAGCUGUAGGCUUUGGCCAUGUGAAGGCAGUUGCAGAGGCCUGCCAGCCUGUGGUGGAGGGGACUAUCCCUGUGUCGCCUAUAAACCAGGCCACACAUGACCAGGCUUUAGUUCUCCAGAAUGCCCUGCAGAACAUCCCUAACCCCUCUGCAGAGUGCAUGCUGCGGAAUGUGGCCAUCCGCCUCGCCCAGCAGAUCACUGAUGAGAACUUCUUCCAGGCCUCUAAGUACAUCCCAGAUAUCUGUGUCAUUCGAGCAGUUCAGAAGAUUGUCUGGGCUUCUGGCUGUGGCUCUGUUCAGCAUGUCUUCAGCUCUAAUGAGGAGAUAAGCCAAAUCUAUGAGAAGACCAAUGCAGGCAAUGAGCCGGAUGCAGAAGAUGAGCAGGUGUGCUGUGAAGCUCUGGAGGUCAUGACCAUGUGUUUCGCCCUUUUGCCCACUGCACUAGAUGCACUUAGCAAAGAAAAGGCCUGGCAGACCUUCAUUAUAGAUCUGCUGCUGCACUGCCAGAGCAAGUCUGUUCGUCAAAUGGCCCAAGAACAGUUCUUCCUCAUGGCCACCAGAUGUUGUAUGGGCCAUAGGCCUCUCCUUUUCUUCAUCACCCUCCUCUUUACAGUUUUAGGUAGCACUGCAAAAGAGCGAGCAAAGCACGCUGCUGAUUACUUCACUCUUCUAAGACACUUACUCAACUAUGCAUUUAACAGCAACAUUAAUCUUCCUAAUGCAGAAAUUCUCUUAAACAAUGAGAUCGACUGGUUGAAACGAAUCCGGGAUGAAGUGAAGAGGACAGGGGAGCCUGGGGUAGAGGAGACCAUUUUGGAAGGUCAUAUAGGUGUCACAAAAGAACUGCUAGCUUUCCAGACCCCAGAGAAGAAGUAUUAUAUUGGCUGUGAAAAAGCAGGUGCCAGCCUCAUUAAGGAGUUAAUGGAUGACUUCCUCUUCCCAGCAUCCAAUGUGUACCUGCAGUAUAUGAAGAGUGGGGAGUUUCCAACUGAGCAGGCCAUACCUGUGUGUAGCACCCCAGCCACCAUUAAUGCUGGCUUUGAACUGCUGGUCGCACUUGCAGUUGGAUGUGUGCGAAAUCUCAAGCAGAUUGUGGACACACUAACUGACAUGUACUAUUUAGGUUGCGAACCACUCACAGAAUGGGAAUAUUUGCCACCAGUUGGCCCACGGCCAACCAAGGGAUUCGUGGGCCUGAAAAAUGCAGGUGCAACUUGCUACAUGAACUCAGUGAUCCAGCAGCUCUACAUGAUUCCCCCCAUCAGAAAUGGCAUCCUGGCCAUCGAAGGCACAGGCAGUGAUGUGGAUGAUGAUAUGUCUGGAGAUGAGAAGCAGGAUAAUGAGACUAAUGUGGAUCCCAGGGAUGAGGUCUUUGGUUAUCAGCAACAGUUUGAAGACAAACCUUCUCUCAGUAAGUCUGAGGACAGGAAAGAAUAUAAUAUUGGGAUUCUGCGGCAGCUGCAGGUCAUCUUUGGACACUUGGCUUCCUCCCGAUUGCAGUACUAUGUGCCCAGGGGUUUCUGGAAGCAAUUUCGGUUAUGGGGUGAACCAGUCAAUUUGAGAGAGCAGCAUGAUGCCCUGGAGUUCUUUAACUCGCUGGUAGACAGCUUGGAUGAAGCUCUGAAAGCACUGGGUCACCCUGCCAUGCUGAGCAAAGUGCUGGGCGGCUCCUUUGCUGAUCAGAAAAUAUGUCAGGGCUGCCCUCACAGAUAUGAAUGCGAGGAAUCGUUUACAACGUUGAAUGUAGAUAUCAGGAACCAUCAAAAUCUCCUCGAUUCUAUGGAGCAGUAUGUGAAAGGGGACUUGCUUGAGGGUGCAAAUGCCUAUCACUGUGAAAAAUGCAAUAAGAAGGUGGACACAGUGAAGCGUUUACUCAUUAAGAAGCUGCCUCCGGUGCUGGCCAUCCAGCUGAAACGCUUUGAUUAUGACUGGGAACGAGAGUGCGCCAUCAAGUUCAAUGACUACUUUGAGUUCCCGCGGGAGUUGGAUAUGGAGCCCUACACAGUAGCUGGAGUAGCUAAGCUGGAGGGAUCUGAUGUGCACCCAGAAAACCAGCAGGUGGUCCAGCAGAAUGAGCCGUCAGAGCCAGAGCCCCCUUGCAGCUCUCGCUAUCGUUUGGUGGGAGUGCUGGUCCACUCGGGCCAGGCCAGUGGAGGUCAUUACUACUCCUACAUCAUUCAGAGGAAUGGCAUUGGAGGUGAGGGAGAGAGGAACCGCUGGUACAAGUUUGACGAUGGUGACGUCACCGAGUGCAAGAUGGACGAUGAUGAGGAGAUGAAGAACCAGUGCUUUGGAGGGGAGUACAUGGGUGAGGUCUUCGACCAUAUGAUGAAGCGCAUGUCCUACAGACGACAGAAGCGCUGGUGGAAUGCAUACAUCCUCUUUUACGAGCGCAUGGACACACUCGACAAGGACAGCGAGUUGGUGAAGUACAUCACUGAGCUUUCAGUGACCAGCAGACCUCACCAAGUAAAGAUGCCCUCUGCUAUCGAACGCAGCGUACGCAAACAGAAUGUGCAGUUCAUGCACAAUCGUAUGCAGUACAGCUUGGAGUACUUCCAGUUUAUCAGGAAACUGUUGACCUGUAAUAGUGUCUACUUGAACUCACCACCAGGUCAAGACCACCUUUUGCCUGAAGCUGAAGAAAUGGCCAUGAUUAGUAUACAGCUCGCUGCUAGAUUUCUCUUCAGUACUGGAUUCCACACCAAGAAAAUAGUCCGUGGCCCUGCUAGCGAUUGGUAUGAUGCUCUGUGCAUCUUGCUUCGACACAGUAAGAAUGUGCGCUACUGGUUUGCACACAACGUCCUCUUCGCAUAUCCAAACCGCUUCUCGGAGUACCUGCUCGAAUGCCCCAGUGCUGAGGUUCGAGGGGCCUUCUCCAAACUCAUAGUAUUCAUUGCACAUUUCUCCCUUCAAGAUGGACCCUGCCCUUCACCAAUUGCCUCACCUGGACCUUCAAGUCAGGGCUGUGAUAAUUUGAGUUUAAGUGAACAUCUUUUACGUGCUGUGCUCAAUCUGCUGAGAAGGGAAGUGUCUGAGCAUGGCCGUCAUCUACAGCAGUACUUUAACCUUUUCGUCAUGUAUGCCAAUCUUGGCUUGGCAGAGAAGACGCAGCUGUUGAAGCUCGGGGUACCAGCCACCUUCAUGCUUGUGGCCCUAGAUGAGGGGCCGGGGCCUCCCAUUAAAUACCAGUACGCUGAGCUGGGAAAGCUCUAUACUGUUGUGUCCCAGCUGGUUCGCUGCUGUGACAUAACAUCUCGUAUGCAGUCCUCAAUUAAUGGUAACCCUCCCUUGCCAAACCCAUAUGGUGACCCCAACAUCACAGCUCCCAUCAUGCCUCUGCAACAGCUGGUGGUGGACAUUUUGUUUGUGCGCACCAGUUAUGUCAAGAAGAUUAUUGAGGAUUGUAGUAACUCUGAGGACACCAUCAAACUGCUGAGAUUCUGCUGUUGGGAGAACCCUCAGUUUUCCUCCACUGUGCUUAGUGAACUACUGUGGCAGGUGGCAUAUUCAUAUACGUAUGAGUUAAGACCUUACUUGGACUUGCUACUUCAGAUCCUGUUUAUAGAAGAUUCAUGGCAGACUCACAGGAUCCACAAUGUGCUGAAGGGAAUCCCUGAUGACCGUGAUGGGUUAUUUGACACAAUUCAACGCUCUAAAAACCACUACCAAAAGAGAGCUUAUCAGUGUAUCAAAUGCAUGGUUGCUCUUUUCAGUAACUGCUCAGUGGCCUACCAGAUUCUCCAGAGUAAUGGGGAUCUUAAGAGGAAGUGGACAUGGGCAGUGGAGUGGCUCGGCGAUGAGCUAGAACGGAGACCAUAUGCUGGCAACACCCAAUACACAUACAACAACUGGUCCCCUCCUGUCCAGAGCAAUGAAACUUCCAACGGAUACUUCUUGGAACGUUCUCAUAGUGCCCGUAUGACUUUAGCCAAGGCAUGCGAGUUGUGCCCAGAGGAGUGUCACUUAACGAAGCACGAGGUGGUAUCUGAAGAGGACGCAGGCCGGAAUCCGUCCUCGACACAGCUACUUUUGCCAGGGGAAGUGACAGGCCAGCAGCAACACACCGAACCCGAUGAGCAGGAGGCCCUCGAUGAACAGGACCCUUCUCCCCCAGAGGAUACGACUCUGUACCCCCAUUCUCCAGGCACAAAGUAUCAACAGAACAACCUCCCUCAUAUGCAGCCAUACACUGGCCCUGCAGCACAGCACGUCAACAACCCUCAGCGUCCAGGCCCACUAGCACAAGAGAACUGGGAGCCCCCUGAGGAGGUGCCACCCAGCCAGACUAAAGACUAACAAAAUGUUCUCGCACUGUCCUCUAUCUGAGUUCUCCGGUGAGAUACUCGAAUCCAGAGCAAGUCCAGGCCCAACCACGCUGCUCCACUCCAGAGCCUGUGUAACCAGAACAUUCAGCUUCCCUCAAUUUCUAACCCUGGAGUGGAGUCUCUUCACUGUCUGCUCUGCAGUAUUAACUGUCAAAAGUGUAACUUGCAGUAGACUGUGCAUAUUGUUUCUAAUAAAAGGGGCCUGGCGCACUUAUCUCAUGACAGAGGUGUACAUACAAUGUUAAUGUUUUGACUGUUCAAAAUCAACAGCACAUCAUGCUGUUUUGGGGACUGCAGAUUAAUGAAAAUGGAAAAACAACAAAAAAAGAUGCAAAUAUGACUGAGUCACAAAAAAAAAAAAAAUCCCUGUUUUAUCCCAUACUCAGUAGUAAGGUUUGGGCCGUUUGGGUCAUUCUGCUUUUGAUCAUACAUUAUAUUCAUGUCAAAGCUUAACCAGCUAUGGCACCUCGUGAGUGGGAGUUGGCCAUAGUUUGUGAAGGAUGGGAUGGUUGGGUGAUCUUCAUGAUGUUUAGUUGAUGUGAAUGGGGUGAUGCAACUUUAUUCUGGAAAUUCCUAUUGCCUUUUUCUUUUAUCUGGUAAUAAUUCAAUAAUUUGAAAGGUGUAAACUCUUAGCAUGGCUUGACAUCAAACUAGCAUAGCCAAAAGAAAUUGUGCAAUUUCUUUCUCCACAGCUAUUUAGAAGAGCUGUUGGUCCCCCUUCGUAUGCUCUUCUAGAUUUGAUGUUUUCGAAGCAAUGUAAGAAAUAAGUGGCUUUACAAUUGCACACGUUCUCUCUGAGAAAUAUUUGGCUGUUGCUUUUUGAUUGGAAAAAUGCUUAGUUUUUGAUGGUAGGAAUUUUAGACAGAGAAAAUAUAUGCAACAAUUUGCUAUGCCAGGAUGCCUGGAAAAUUGGUGGACUGAACUCAGUUUGCUUAUUUGUCUCUCCUUGGUUGAACACUGCAUUAGACAAACCUGGCAAUUUAAUCAGUCACCUGAUUUCAUGAUCCCUGUUCACAUUUGCAUACUCAAAUAGAGGACUCUUCAUUUACGGAGAAUGAACGUGAAGCAGGGUUGUACCAUAAAAUAACUGCAGGUUAGUCAUGUUGCAACUUCAGUUAGUAAAGUCUCUUGGAUUAAAGGAGUAAACAUCAGUAGAUACUGUAUGUAUUUAAUUGGUAACUUGAAUGCUUUUUUUUUUUUUUUUUUUUUUUUUUUAUUUUGUUGGAAAAAUACCAAAUACUCCUGCAAAUGAAAAUAUUCUGCCCAUCAUAUAUUUAAAUAUUUUGCCGUUUUAUUUUAUAGAAUUUAUUUUGUUGUAUUUCACUUUAAAAAAAAAAAAUAGAAUUUGAUUUAAGAGGAACAUUUUUGUCCUUGUGUUAUUUUUAAAGAUUAUUGACUGUACGGAGUUCUUCGCCCUGUUUUUUGCCGACUUUUGUUUUGGCCAUGAUGUGACGUUGAAUUCUGAAGCCACAGUCACAAUGUUGACUUUCACUUUGUGAGGUUUUUGUGCACAGAAAUGUUAAAGAGCAUUGCACCCUUCAAGAAUAAAGAGAAAAAAAUGUCAGGAAAA